AUGACCAUCGACUCUGAAGCUGAUUCCCCCGUUUUCUUUUUCGAUUGCGACAAUUGCCUUUAUUCCAAAGAUCUUGGUGUCCUCCAGCUCAUGCGACAAAAGAUUGUCGAGUACUUUGUAAGGAUGGGCAUGGAAGAAAAUGAAGCCAAGGAGCUUCGGGCAAGAUAUCACAUGGAUUACGGCCUUGCAUUGCGUGGUCUUCAAAAGCAUCAUGAAGUUGAUCCUAUUCAAUAUGACAAGGAGGUGGAUGGUAGUCUUCCACUCGACGACAUCAUGAAGCCUGAUCCUGAACUUCGUGAAAUGCUUACUGGUCUCAAGAUGAAGAAAUGGAUCUUUACAAAUGCAUACUAUCCUCACGCUUGGCGGUGUGUAAAGCUUUUGGGCAUCGAUGAUCAAUUUGAUGGCAUGACAUUUGCUGAUUACCGUGUACCUGAUUUUGUCUGCAAACCUGAAAUUGAGGCGUACAAAAAGGCAAUGGAAGAAGCAGGUGUCAAGGACCCGAGCCUGUGCUACCUCGUGGAUGACUCUGCAGCUAAUGUAGAUGCAGCCAAGUCUCUUGGUUGGACAAGUAUCCAUGUCACCGAUGACCUUGAUGGCCCAAAACAUGGCGACUACCAAAUUACCACCAUUCAUGACUUGGCCAAGGUCCUUCCUCAUUUGUGGAAAUAG